GAAUCAUUAUCGUGCCUCGUCGACAUAUUUUCUUAUUUUCUGAUGUUCGUCGGUCUCGGCCGUAAAGUGAAGUGAAGAAAUCUAAGGAUUACAAUGUAUUCAAUAUGAACUGAUUUAAUUAAAGAAAUAAAAGAAUGACAAAUUGAAGUGAAAAUCAAAACGCUACGUAAAUAAAUAUGGAUGUGGAUAAUGACAAUUUUUACGAUGAAAUUGCAUCGUUUAUGCCCCAACCUGGCGACUACAGCCUCGAUGAUUUGGAUGAAAUUAUACGCUCUACCGAUUCUCAUCUAGAUGCCUCUCUUGAUUUGAAUGCGUUCAACAAACCAUUAAAUGAAAAUGGUGACUUCGAUAUGGGCGAUGCGGACAUGGGUUCCAAUAGCAAGGAGCAGCAACAGCAGCAGCAUGAUCAUGAAUUUCAAUUCAAUUUUUCGGCAUUUCCCUCUCCAGCUACAUCAAAUUUAUCGUCCGGGGAUUAUGGUUCACCAUUUGACACUCCUGCACGUACAUCCUCCACAUCAUCGGUAGAUGGUGAUCACUUUAAUCCCGAUGACUUUAUCAAUUUCCUAAAUGAUGAGGAUUCGAAAUGCGAUGAUUUGACACAUGACACAAUACGCAAAUUAAAUGAACAUAAUUCACGUAAUACACCCUCACCAACGGGCAGCUGCACAAGUUCAAGUGGCAGCUCCACCAGCGGUAUUCAGAGUGAUGUGUCGUCGGUCAUUUCUAUGUCUCAACAUUCGGGAAAUAGCAUUCUAACAUCUGAAACAGACCACGAUGAUCUCUCGGAAUUUAUAAAGUUUAAGAAUGAGAAAUCUGAUGAAUAUAAUGGCUUUGAAGUGGAGGAGUUUAAUGUUACUUCUCCUCGAAGCGAGGGAACAUUUGUUGUUCCCCCAUCGCCUGCUGCGAACAAUGAUGACGCACGAUCAAAUACAACUUUUUUACCCGUAACCCUGCCGAUUAUAACUGCAACUACCGUGCAACCAGUUAAUAUUGUGCAAGGCACUAUUAUUCCUGUACAAACUGUCCCCUUGACUAAUGUUACACCUGCCAAUGUCAAUGUCAAGGUUCCUGCAAAGCCAAUUGUGGUACCACCUCAGCCCUUGAAAGUGGUUUCUAAUGCCGUAGGCAAUACUAAGUUAAACGCUCCUGCAACUCCAAAACCCAAAACCAUAUUUCUUUCCUCGAAUGAUUUUAAGGCCUUAAUGCAAAAAGUGAACACUACAAAUGGUGGGGCAGCUAGCAAGAAAACUCCAAUAACCAAUAGCCCAACACCGAAGAUUAUUAUGAAAACUGCAAGUGGAAAAUUCAUAACAGCUAGUAAAAUUGGACCAUCGACUACAACGCAGGUAUUACCACCAACUUCGGCAUCGAAUAGUUCGCAAACUUCUGGACCAUUAGCAACGAAAUUUGUAAAAACAACAACCGCAACUAACCCAGCAAUGGGUAAGCACAAUCCUUCUAAAGGUAUGACCUCAAGUGGUCGAUCGGCAGCAGCUAUGGCCGCCGCACGUGCUUCUCUAUCCCUCGCCCAUUCGAAGGUCUCUCGUUCGGAGUUAAGUGCAAUACGUGCUUUAGGCGAUGAAAAACUGAUUAAGAAACAAUUGCGAAUGUUGAAAAAUCGGGAAUCUGCUUCCUUGUCGCGUAAAAAGAAGAAGGAGUACGUCGAACGUUUGGAAAAUCACAUUAGCAAUUUGGAGAAGGAAAACUAUUCAUUGAAGGGGGAAAAUUCAUCACUACGUUCACAGCUAAUGGCCUUUGCCCAAUCUUGCAACUGCAAACAUGGAAAUGUUAGUGAAUUCAUAUUGAACACAUUGAAUUUGAACGAUAAACAAGUUGGUGAUGGUGCUACGACAGUAUUAAAUGCGAUAGAUACAUCCUUUUUGCUAGAUAAUUCCGCGGAAUGUAGGAAUUCAGCGGCAGCAGCAGGACGAACAGGAUCAAGCACACAUCAUGUUAAAAUAGCACCGAAACCACUGAAUGCCAGUUCAUCCAUUAAUAAGGGUUUCAAGCAACGCAUGACUGCCGCUACUGUAAAAAAGAAUGUGGCCGUGCUAUUUGCUAUGGCCUUUAUGGUAACCUUAAAUGUGGGAAAUUUCCAAAGCUACUUGAAUAAGUCGGCAUUAGAAAAUGCCAUGGAAGCGAGUGCGGCUGGUGCUGCCGUCAAUGCAAACGAAGCCGAUGCUGAUGUAGUGAAGACGGGCAGACGUUUGCUGUGGGUGCCGAACGAGCAUGAGUUUCACGAAAAACACAAUCGCAGCAAGCGAGAGGCUGAAUUCGCAAAUAUGCCUCCACCACCGCUACACUUUUUGCGACCGAUAAAUCGUACAAACGCAACGGCAGACAAAUUGAAUGGGACUACGACUAAGGAUGAGCCACCUAUAAAGACUAUGAAAUAUGGACCCACAGCUUUUGGAAAUGGAACAAAUUGUGCUCAGGAAAAUAUGCGAUUGGCUAGGAAUUUACACAAAUGGAUUGGAGGCAAUGAUUAUUUGAAUCUGACGGGAUCGGACAAUGACUACGACAUGGCAGCAACGUUUAAUUUUGGUGCUCAACGAGAUCACAUGGACUAUGGCAUUGGCAUGAAACAGAAAAGGAAAAUAUUUUUGGAUUCUAAUGAGGCCAGUGAGGGAAUUCGUGCGACACCAGGCAAACAGAAGAAGUAUGACUUGGAAGCGGGCGAAGAUAAUUCUUUGGAGCUAUUCAAACCCAGUAUAAGUGAUGAGUAUUUGAGACUAUUCAAAGGUAUAAAACGGCAAGAUGACACUUUUUAUGUAUUGUCAUUCAACAUGGAUCACCUGCUGUUGCCAGCUUCUUCGUACAACAAAAGUUCGCGUCCAAAAAUGUCGUUAAUGUUGCCAGCUGGGGACCCCUCGUUAAAUGGCGAUAUUGUGCUCAUGCAAAUUGAUUGUGAGGUACUGAAUACCACAGAAUUGGAAAUUAAAUCGCACAUAAUACCGGAAAAACUAAGACCAAUCAAAUACGGACCGAACGUGCGAGUCCAUCCCAACGAUGUAGCAAAUAAUGAGACUAAAAAGAAUCAAGAAGCUAACGCCAAGGCAGGUGAGGGCGUACAUGUGAAGCGACAGGAGGAGGUUAAAGAGAGACCAACAGCACCAAGAACCUAUUUCAUGAUGGGCCCAAAAAAUCAGCCUUCCCCGGCAGCAAAAAUCGGCGGCGAUGAAACCACUCCGGGAGUAAAGAAGCGACCGACUAUUGUAAAAUUUAACGCAAAUGAUAGUAUCAUUGGCAGUGGAGUUUUAAAUGUGCGCAAUUCCACAUUAUUCACUCGCAUGAAGGAGACAAUUGUAAAUGGGGCAAACAAUGGCAUUGUGGCCGCAACUGUGCCCGAGGUUAGGAAGAUAAUAUAAGUUUUUGUUUUGCUGUGUCAUUGUUACUUUUCUGUUCGGCGUUUUCAGGUUAUACCAAAAGAUAUACUUUUUCACCAGCAAUUUUAACGAUUUUAAAGCAAUAGUGUAACAAUUUAUUUACUACACUUAGAUCUCACACAAAAGACAAACCACUAAGAAAUCCAUUAAAUAUUUAAAAAAAAAUAUUUUUUUUAUUAAUCCAAGGCAAUCAUCGAAGAAAAGUGGAAUAGAAAAGUAACAAUACCUUAAAAAAAUAACUCCUAUUGGAAUUCUAUACUUAAGUUUCACUUCCUCAGUUUCCAGCAAGUGAGACUUGUUUGUAAUUAUUGAACAUUUCUUUUUGUGUGGUUAUUCAUUUAAUCGCCUUCUUGGGUAAUCCAACAUUGGCUCAAUACUGAUAUAGGGUUUAAUAUAUAUGAGUUACUAUUUUAUAGAUAGUAUGGUACCAAUCACAACAACAAUGGCAGUUGUUGGUUUUUUAUAUAGAUAUACAUAUAAUUAAGUCAAUAAGCUAUAUAUAAUUACACAUAUACACUAAUUAUGUUAAUUUUAAGCAUUUACUACUUUUCAAUGCUAAGUAAUUUGUUUUUUGACUGUUUAAUAAAAACAUUACAAUUAAAAAAUUUAAAUCUUUUUUAUUAUUAUUUUGUGUGUUUCAACUGUAUUCUUAGUUAUAGAUUUGCUAUAAUAUGAACUUUUAAAUGUUUUCAUGUUCAAUGUUGACUUUAUUAUUUACUUUUUGCAAUAUUAUUUCUGUUUGUGCAAUCGUAUCGGUUUAACAAUAUCAUAUAUCGAUGUAUGAUAAAUAACCAUCUAUUAGUUAUAAAAUAACUUAUACAAUUUAUUAUU